AUGGCAAAUCUCCUUCUCAAAACAGGGAAGCCUGGGUGGAACAGUGUCCUACGGGCCUCUGAAUAUGUCAUGGCGCUUGUUGCAGGCGAUAGUGGCCUCACAGGCAAAGAUAGUCUAUCGCUUUUCACGACUGAAGAGGAGCGGAUCGACAAACUCUUACGCGCCUUUGAAAAGCCUGGCAUAAAAUCCCAGUUCGCCGAAUUUCAGUCAAAGACCCCUGACCUUGAAAUCUUGGCCACUAUCUGCUACGCCUCGAUUCCAUGCUGGAAAAAGGCAGGACUGCGAUGGAUCCGUGUACCAGCCAUGGAAACUGUGACACUGACCGAUGACGAUGUCGAACAUGUCAAUCUUCGAGUUCUGGGUGUUCUCGCGCGCGACAAUCAAACCAAUACAUACUACAUUGUUUUGCGUGGUACUGACCCAGAUCUACGGUCGGGUGAACUCCUGAUCAGCACCGGUCCAUAUUCCAAGGGUAAUGUUUUGAACCUCAACAACGAGGACCAGAUGCCGUUGAAUAAGAUGUUCAACCUUUCGGGCGUUGAUGGGGACUUUGGUGAAGUGAGAGCAAGCCUUGCAAACUUCACGAAUGCGCAGAUCUACUACAAGGACGCGAAUGGGAAAACAGAGCUACUGCUUGACUCUCUAAAUACCCAAUUUGAAAAAGUGGUCAACCUCAUUCCAGAGAACUCCAAUGUCAAGGUCUAUGCUCACAGCAUGGGAACUUCCGUUGGUGGAUCUGCUCUUAUGGCUCUUGGGACUUGUAACAAAGUCUUCAACUCGAAGGAGGCACUUUUUCUGGGUCCUUAUGCCGCAUUUAAUCAGAAAGCUGGUCAAAUCAUCGCCGAAACGUUUGGCGGUGUAAUCAAUAGCGUCAUGCAUGAGCAUGACUUUAUUUGCCGUAUGAACACCUUUUCUGGCGCUCUCUAUCGCUCGAUGCUCACGGAUGGCACUUUGGGCAAAUACAAGUCCCUUGCCUUUAUCGAAGAGUACAUGAAGCGUAGCGCGGAGCGCUAUCCCUAUCAAGUCUAUGGUGAUGUUUAUGCCUUCCGCGCAAUGAACUGGUUCACUAGUCCUUUUUUCAAUCACAACACUAGCUCAUACCGGUUGGCAGCCCUCAAAGCUCAAUUCGAGAGCAGCCUUGCCGAAGUGGAUGGCACUAACCUGAAUGAGGUCAUCUACAAGUAUGCACGCGGCCCCGAUGUCGACCUUGACGAUCAGGCGCUACUUGCCAUCCUUCUUUACGAGGAUCACCAUAGCUUGAUAUAUUAG